AUGUCUGACUCGGAUAAUUUACUUGGAGAUCAUCCUGACUCUGCUCAGAAAUAUCAAUGUUCCGUGUGCCUGAAGCAGUACAAAAGACGGGAGCAUCUUUUUCGCCACUUCAGCUCACAUACUUCACAGCGGCCUUACCAAUGCACAUCCUGCGAUGGCGCUUUUCAGCGGGCUGAUGUGCUGAAGCGACACUUGAGGACCUGCGACAGUGGAGUCUCCAGAUCGAACCCGCGAAGGCGUGCCUGCGAUCGCUGCGUCCGACAGAAAAAGGCAUGUAGUUCACACCAACCAUGUCUCAGCUGUGCCAAAAGAGGUGUUGCAUGCUGGUAUCCAAACAACACGGGGACCCCAGCCCAGUCAAGUACUCCGGUUCAAAGAAAAGCAUCAAACGCCGAAAGCAUCCCCAGUCACGAAUUGGAUCACGCACAGCCAUUAAACAUGACGACGCCUUGGGGCCUAGCCCAAGAAGAUCUACCUCUCUUUGGGGCCAGUCCUGUUGAUACUCUAUUCGAUACAGCCCAACCCCAAAGGCCAAGUCCGACCUGGCAAGAUCUCUUGGAUCUAAGUCCGGAAGCACAAUCGUUAUCUGAAUCUUCCGUGCUAAAUGCUGGAAAUCGGAGCUCGUUGCAUUUUCUGGACAAGUUCACCAGCAACACAGGUCUGGUGAUGAGUUUUGACUGUGGAACACACGAACAAAGAGAGUUAGUGGCUGCCAGCAUAGACCGAGAACUCAUGUCUCACGUCCCCCAAGCAACUGCACCAGGCUUGAGUUUACCGUUAGACCUCGGCUCGGUCAUUCCAUCUUCAUCAAUACUCGAAGAUACUCUUGAGAAAUGUCUCAGGGAUGACUUUCCACUGACCUGGUUGAACGACCCACUUUCGUUGAAAACGCACGAGAUUCUUCUCUUGAUUGAAGAAGUGGUAACAAUAAAACCUCGCAACAGCUCUGUCACACUGGACUGGUCUCCAGCACUAAAGAAGGCAUGCUUGCAAUUCUUUUCGCCCCCGAAUAUAAGGAGAUAUCUAUGCUUUUACUGGGCGAUCUGGCAUCCCAAUGUCAACUUUGUGCAUCGACCUACUUUUGAUCCACUAGCAGCGAAGCCAACAGUUUUGGCAGCAAUGGCUUUGAUAGGCGCUUGUGUCUCACCGGACAUGCCAGACAAUGAAGAUGCGCGGACUUGGCUCAACUGCGUUGAAGAGAUGGUCUUUAUCGACGACGAUUUCAACAAUGAACUGAGCUACUCCCCCUCUGGCAGCAUGACCAACCAAAAGCGAAAAAUACAAGCUUUGCAGGCCGCUUACAUAGUGUGUCUCUACCAGAACUGGGAGGGCACGGAUUCGAGUAAAAGUCGAAUUCGGCGCUAUCGCUUUGCGACCCUUGUCUCGACUGCACGCGAUAUUGGCAUUGCUACGGCAAGACAUCAAAAUUACAGUGAGCAGGGGCGGCCUGAGUUUGAAUGGAGAGAAUUUGCAGCUAGAGAGGAGCUCAUACGUGUCUUUACUUGGAUAUUUCUACUCGAUACCUCAUUUGUGAUUUUCAACAAUCUACCACCACGCAUGGUGAUCAAAGAGAUGAGAAUGCACAUGGCAAUGCCAGAAACCUGCUUCCAAGCCACGACCGCAGAUCAAUGCCACCAGCAAAUCCAGUUUGCAUUGCCGGCACAAAGCCUAUAUUGGAAAUUUUCGUUUCGCGGGGCGUUUGAAUCACUGUGCAAGAAUGACCUCGUCCUCGAAGUGCGCCACAUGGUAUCUUCUCUUGGUCCGUUGGUCUUAUUUGCCUUGGCCUCUGCAAUACACUCUCAAAUAUUCCAGUUCCGCAGCGCCGUGGGCAGCUUCCAGCUCCACGCUCCAAUCAGUAAUGCCCUUAGCAACUGGCGCGAUAUCUGGCAGACGUUCUCAUCGAUGUCUUGCCGAGGGGUACUUCCUUUCAUUACCAUCGAUGACAGUCAUAUUCAACCCGAGAAUCUAUGGAGACGAAUGGGCUUCUAUCGCUAUUCUCCUGAAUUUUGGCUCUUGGCCAACCUGAUGGCAGAUCGGCUAGCUGUCCUCGGUACAUCCCAGCCAGACAGUGAAUUGGAGCUACUAGAUGAAGGACCAAUUGAUCCAAUCCUGAAUCAUUAUGAUCAGACCAGCAUGCGGCAAGUCAAUGAUCUCAUCAUGGGAUUUCAAACAUUCCAGAUUUGA